AGACAAAACCCUUGUACUAUAUAAGAGCCAAGUAUGGCUGAAAGCAAGAUUGGGGUAUAGUCAAAAUAAGAGCGAGAAGACAUGGCGAGAGAGAAGCAAGCAGAGAUAACAAUAAUGGAGCCGCUUAGCCCAGUGUCUCGGCUGUUUGUUUCGCCCGGUUUCUAUGGCGUCAUUGUCUUUACUUUAGGGUUUAAAACUAGAUGCAACUCAUCUGCCAUUGUUGAAGGUAUCAAGAACACAUGGAUCAAGCUUCCCCGCUUCUCUAGCAAAGUGGUGAUGGACGAUAAGAAAAAUGGAGAAGCGGUUUGGGUUCCUGUUAAUGUUCGAGUAGAAGAUCAUGUUUUUGUUCCGGACAUUGAUCAUUUCGACAUUACAAACCCUGAUCAAUUUAUAGAAGACUAUACGUCAAACAUAGCUAACACUACAAUGGACAUGUCCAGACCUUUAUGGGAAUUUCAUGUACUGAAUAUAAAGACAUCAAACGCAGAAUCUUUAGGUAUAGGGAAGUUCCAUCAUUCACUUGGCGAUGGGAUGUCUCUUAUGUCUCUUCUAUAUGCUAGUUCAAGAAAAAUAUCAGACCCCAACGCUCUACCUACUACUGCGACUACAAGAAAACAAGUUGGUUCCAAUGAUAAUUGGUGGCUGGUUGCCAGAUUUUUGCUUAUGAUUAGAGUCAUUUUUACAACUUUUAUUGAACUGUUCAAGUCCCUCCUUACACUAUGUUUUAUGCGGGAUACUAAAACUCCUCUCAUGGGUAAACCUGGAGAUCGAAAUGGACCUAGAAAGAUUAUCCAUCGGAUAGUAAGCUUUGAUGAUGUCAAGUUCGUGAAGAACACAAUGAAAAUGAAAGUCAAUGAUGUUCUUCUUGGAAUAACACAGGCAGGUCUCUCAAGAUAUUUAAGAAAAAAAUAUGGUGAAGAUCCAGUGACUGAGAAGAAAAAAUCCUUAGAGGAAACACGUCUCCGGGGUACAAUAGCUGUAAAUCUAAGACCAGAAACAAAGAUCAAGGAUCUUGCUGAUAUGAUGACAAAAGGUUCAAAAUGUAGAUGGGGUAAUUUCAUAGGUGUUGUUAUAUUUCCUUUAUGGAUAAGAUCUGAGGAUGAUCCAUUGGAAUACGUCCGGAGAGCCAAAGCAACUAUGGAUAAGAAAAAAAUCUCCAUGGAAGCACUUGUGUUAUAUGGAUUCAUCAAAUUUACAAUGAAAAUAUUUGGCGAAAAGGCCGUAGAAGCUAUCACUAAGAGGGUAUUUAGCCAUACAACGCUGACAUUUUCUAAUGUGCUGGGUCCAAACGAAGAUAUAAGUUUCUUUGAACAUCCCAUGUGUUACGUCGGAGCAAGCGCAUUGAUUGGACCACAAGCUCUUAUCAUCCAUUAUGUAAGCUACGCAGACAAGAUUAUCAUCAAUCUAGCUGUCGAUACAACAGUGAUUCCAGACCCUCAUGUACUAUGUGAUAAUUUGGUAGAGUCGCUUGAAAUCAUCAAACUUUCUCUCUUGGAGAAAGGACUUCAUAAAAUGGAGGUUUGAGACGUUCACGCGAUAUAAAAAUGGAAGUCUACGUUAAAAUAAUAACAUGUUGUGAAAUGUACUAUGUUAACUUUUGUAUUUGUUAUCAUGUUGUGUUAUUAUAUAUACAUUCUACUUUGGUAGUAUAAACUUUUCAUUUCUAUACGAAAAAGCAGACAUGCA